UCUUCUGACAACAUGUCGCAACAGAAGCUAAGGUUAAGCAAUUCAAGUUCCAGUUCCAGCUGGAGGUAUUUGUAUCUGAAACCGCCACACAGGCAACGAGUGGCCGCCUUUUUCGCUGAACUUGUGGGCACGGCCACGUUUAUAUUUAUUGCCUGCAUGGGCUGUGUGACCACGCCUCUAUUUUUCAACUCACACUUCGAGCUGAGCCUUAACUUUGGCCUGGCCAUAAUGAUUGCCAUUCAAAGCUUUGGAUCCAUCUCUGGAGCGCAUCUCAAUCCGGCCAUCACUCUGGCCGCCUUGAUCUAUGGCGCUCUCAGUUGGCCCAUGUCCAUAGCAUAUUUGGUGGCCCAAGUGGCAGGUGCUCUGAUCGGAUACGGAUUGCUCAAGGCAGUGCUGCCCUUGAAUGCCAUCGUUGGUGUGGACACCCCGGCUGGUGUUUGUGUUACCGUGCUCAGCAGUGACAUCUCAGUGCUUCAGGGUGUAUUCAUUGAAUUGCUGAUCACCUGCUUCCUAACAAUGGUCGCCUGUGCCGUUUGGGAUCCUCGGAAUGCCAAACUAAAGGAUUCAGUGCCAAUUCGCUUCGGACUGACCGUCUCGUGUCUUAACUUGGCAGCGGGUCUGUUCACUGGCUCCAGCAUGAACCCAACACGUUCGCUGGGUCCCGCUGUGUGGAAUAACUCCUGGGAGCACCACUGGAUCUACUGGGUAGGACCUUUAGUGGGCGCCGCCCUCACUUCGAUCGUCUACCGGUUGUUCUUCAAAGGCCAAAGCGAAGAAAUUAUUGAGCUACGUGACUCCAAUGCCAAAAUACAAUUUAUCAAUAGGGUUUAAGUUCUAUUAACAUUUAGCUGUAUUUGCAAAUAGUGUUAAUCUAAUAUUAAGUGCUUAUUAUAUAGCAAAAAACUAAGAUUUCAUAUCAUGAAUUCGCAGAAAUCAGCCUGCUUAUUUUUAAUCAAAAUAAAUCAUGGAAAUUCAUACUUCAACUA